UACGUGGAGUGUCUUAUGUGCGAUGGUUUUUGAAGAUGGACAAUACAUAACUUUUAAUCCCACCGCAACGUGGUUCAUUCCUUCACCUAGACGAUGUCGUUUUUAAACCUCACUCUCUCUUUCCCUUUUGCCCUCUCUAUAUUAAUCACCUGGAUGGUUUCUUCUAUUCUCACUAACCCACUCUCUCACUCAAGGGACUAAAAAGUGUUUUGUCUUUUCUGAGUUUCUCUUUCUCUUUUUUUGUCAAAGAAGAGAUCGAGAAGCGAUGGGAAGAGCUCCAUGUUGUGAGAAAAUCGGGUUGAAGAGAGGAAGAUGGACAUCCGAGGAAGAUGAGAUCCUCACCAACUAUAUUCAGACCAAUGGUGAAGGUUCUUGGCGAUCUUUGCCUAAGAAAGCUGGAUUGUUGAGAUGUGGAAAGAGCUGUAGACUAAGGUGGAUAAACUAUUUGAGAAGAGACUUGAAAAGAGGAAACAUUACAGCCGACGAAGAAGAAAUAAUCGUCAAGUUGCAUACCCUUCUCGGCAACAGGUGGUCACUUAUUGCAACACAUCUACCAGGAAGAACAGACAACGAAAUUAAAAACUAUUGGAAUUCACAUCUCAGCCGCAAAAUCUACGCCUUCACUGCCGUUUCUGGAGACGAACACAAUCUAGUCAUUAACGACUUGGUCCUGAAGAAAUCUUCUUCUUCUUCGCCUUCUGGAGCCAAGAACAAUAAGAAGACCAAGAAGAAGAAGAAGGGAAGAACUAGUAGGUCAUCCAUGAAGAAACAUAAGCAAAUGGUAACGGCCUCCUCAAAAUGUGUCCCACAACCGAAAGACCCAGAGAGUGAGAUCAGUGAUGGAGGGCAAAAUGGUAAUUUCGAAGGAGAUCAGUCUUUGGGGCCUUAUGAGUGGUUGGAUGGUGAGUUAGAACGGCUCUUGAGUAGUUGUGUAUGGGAAUGCCCUAGUGAAGGGGCUGCGAAUGGAGUAAGUGAUGAAAAGAUGUGUGAGAGUGGGGACAAUAGUAGUUGUUGUGUGGGUUUGUUUGAAGAAGAACAAGGAAGUGAGACAAAGCUUGGUCACGUAGGAAUUACAAAGGUUGAUGGUGAUCGUGAUAUUGAGAUGGAAAAAGAAAGAGAGGGAAGUGUUUUGAGUUCGAACUCAAAUGAAAAUGAUGAUAAAGAUUGGUGGCUUGGUCUAUGUAAUUCUUCAGAAUUCGGGUUUGGGAUUGAUGAUGAGUUGCUUGAUUUGGAGUUUCAAGGUAAUUUGACUUGUCAUCAAAGUGAAUAUCUCUGGGAUCUCUCAGAUAUUGGAGAGAUAACAUUGGACUGAUAUAACAAAACAAGUGGUUCGUACAUGAGAAGGCGUAUUAACCCGAUAAAACAUCGAUCUUUUGAUUGUAAAGUCUAAUGUUUUGUUUGGUUAUAGUGGAUCUUGUGAUUAUGUCGUAGCUUGUUAUAGUGUGUUACGAGAGUUAGGAUAAAUGUAGCGUCUAGUUUAGACUAGUUUGAAGCACGUUAUGCUCUCUCUCUUUUCGUUUGUUUCCCUUUUCUUGUGAUUCGUUCGCUCUAUUUUGUAGCUAUUUUUUUUUUUUUUUUCUUCCUACGUUUCAUUAUCAAUGUUCUGUAAUAAUGAUGAAUAUUUUGGGAUC